GACUGCCCAAUCUUUAUGAGCUAAUUUAAAAUUCUCACAGAAAAAUUCAAAUUAAUUAAGUUAAAUACAUUAAAGCCAAUAUGAAUAAUCUACUGAAUAUGUGUGAGUUGUAUCCAAGUCGGCGACCUACUGAGUAUUAUCGCACGCCACAGCAAAGACCAUCGACUCAAAGCCGAAAAGCCGAACAUCCGACUGACAAGUUGAACAAAUUUGUUUUGACACAUUUCGAUAAUCCCCGAAAUGACAACCGUAUUCAGCCCGCUCUAACACCGAGAAUGCGCGAGCUACGCAACAGUUAUUUUUCUUAGGAAGUUUUCAAUUAAAAUACCUUCGUUGGAUAUUAUUAUGUAGACUAAAUAUUUAAUAUAUAUCUAUCGGCUGAAUAAAAAAAUUAAUAUGUCAUUUUCGUAUUUUCCAAGA